GUUCAUGAAAGCAAGAAAUCUACAAAAGAACUUUGGAAUGUAAGGUAUUCGCCUGUAUAUUCGCUAAACCAAGGUUUGUUUUUAAAAAUGGACAGUACAGUAUGGAAGAUAAAGCACUCAUGAUGAAAUGUAUGAUAGCAGCUCCAGUAGCUGUAAGGUAGGGAGGAGGUGGAUGGUGGCAAGUAGCCCCUGUUGCCGGUGAGCUAGGCCAGAGCCCCGGGCAGGGGAACAUGUCUGCAGCCACUGCAUCACACUCCUCAGGCAAGAAACGCAAGGUCGUCAACGUUGUCCUUCUCAGUGGAGAGGAAUAUGUCGUCACUGUUGAUGUCAAGUCAAAAUUUCAAGAAGUCUUCAAUCAAGUAGCAUCCCACCUCAGCUUACGAGAAACAGAGUACUUUGGCCUGGCUUUCAAGAAAGAUGACGAGUACAACUUCGUGGUGCUGGAAGAGAAGAUUCACAAACAAGCUGGCAAACGCUGGAAGACUGCUCCAGGGGAGGGUUAUGAUUCCCUUGGCAAGCCCAUGCUCACUGUCUGGUUCAGAGUGCAAUUCUACGUGGAUCAAGUUGUUCUAUUACGAGAGAAGGUGACGCGGCACUUGUACUUCCUGCAGCUGAAGGAGAACUUCCUCAAGUACGUCCAUCUCUUCAGUGAGGAGAAGUGUUUUGAGCUGGUUGGCUACGCACUGCAAGCUGAUUAUGGAAACUAUAUACCCGACAAACAUCAAGAUGGCUAUUUUGACCCAAGGAAGUACUUCCCUGCUUGGAUUGUUGAGAAGCUAGGUAUAGCUUACCUUACAAAGCAUGCACCAUCAAUACACAAGGACAUUCGACACACGACCAAGAGUGAUGCAGAGCUGCGCUUUAUCCGAGAGACGUCCAUAGCUCCGGCUGCCCAUAAUGUCCAUUUUUAUAAGGCAAAGAAGAAGAAGACAGACAAAGUGUGGAACACAUGGCUUGCAGUCUGUGCCAAGGGGGUUGAGGUCUAUGAGGAACUGGAAGGGGGAUUUAAGAAUUGGAUUUCUACAUUUCUAUGGCCUGAUAUAGGGAAAUUGUACUUUGAUAAAAAGAAGUUUGAGAUUCGAACAACAGGGGGAAAUGAGAACACAAGUCGUAAGUUCACCUACUACACAGAGGUUGAUGGAAAGUCCAAAUACUUGCUUAGCAUCUGCCGGACCACACAUAUGUUCCAGUUGGCGAUCCAGCCCAAACUCAUGGAGAUCAGACACCUUGAUGCUGAGGAUCAGAGGCGUUACAGAGAGUCCUACAUCUAUUCUGAUCCCCGUGACAUGGUCACAAACGGGGGUAUAGUCCAGUACCGUGCGACCACUGCGAGUAUGUCUCCGAAAAAGUCUGGUGGAAAUCAGCGAUAUUCCGUCAUUAGUGAUGCCAGUUCAGCCACCACGUCAGGCAUCGUCAGUGACAAGAUGACCAUCAGUUUUGAUGAUAGUGAUGAUCAUGGUAAAGAGAUAAUGAUUGACUGCCCACCUCGAAUACAUGGCACCCCCGGGCAGGGACGGUCAAAGUUUGGACAGCUGACUGCUGGUGGAUUCCCCAGCUACAAACAGUCAGGAAUGACCUCUGUGAAUCGCAGCCCAGUGUUGCCUCCACACUCUCUAGAACUGUACAAGCCUCCAGCCUCCAGGACCAGCAGUGGCCACAGCCCAACUGGAGGCAGCAUGGCCGUACCAGAACUCUCUCCUGUCAGCAGCAAUGGAAGUUACAGAGCCAAGCUGCAGCAGCAGCAGCAGGCGUUGUUCCCUACGCGUGUGCCCGGAUACCCUCGUCAUUUGUCCUCCUCCUCGGCAGAGGACAAGACUUCACAGCCUGUGAGUCGGAGCACGAGUCACGGAGAUAGUUUCAAGGCAAUGCAAACCCAGCUUCAGGUUCAUACAGAUAAUGUGAGUCCAUCUGAGGAAGGAAAGAUGUGUGCCAGUGCAGAGCAUAGUUGCCAGAACUCUCAUGAACUCAAAAUAAGUCCUUUAGAAUCUUCAGCCUAUGCAAACAUACAAGCAAGUUUGAACAAUUCCCAGUAUGCACCUCCCCCUGCCCCUUCCCCAGGUCCCGUGAACCCCCCGAUAUUGACUGACAAGACCCCUUCACCUAGCAGUAGUGCAGGCCUCACUACCCUCAUGAUGACCGAGUGUCCUGACCUGGAGCUGAGGGAGGCUCAGGAGGAGUAUGUUCCUCCACAAUCAUUUGUGGAAGGUGGUGCUGUCAGUGAACUGCCAGUAGACUCUUUACAGAGCAUGAAAGUGCUGGGAGACACAGUGUCCAGUUCUGUGGUGGCAGGGCCUGGAUACAGCACCGUGACAACAGGGAUGGCAGAAGCUGUGGUUGUCACUGCUGAAGCUGGUGGAGGAGACACAGCUACAGGCGGACAGGACUCAGGGGAUGAGGAUCCAACGAAACCAAAGAACAACAUACAGAUAUCUGUAAAGAACCAUCGUGAAACCCUUCAUCCGGAACUGGCAGAAAUCUGCGGCCAGUCCCAUGCCCUGUCCCUUCCUCUGAUCACAGCAUUAUGUAACGACCAGACCCUCAUGCACACCAACAGCGGUAGUGGUUCCUGCGGGUCGUACGACACAUCGACGCUGAGGUCCACCGAUUCGCGCCACUCUAGGAUAUCCCACGACACCGACUCGCGGCGCUGGUCAACCAGCUACCCCAGCACAGCUUCCACCAUGAUAUCGGUGCCGACAGGCGGUCGUCCAUAUAGCUGGCAUAGUGAACAUUUCGACCUAGACACUCAGCUCAGUCUCACCCAUGGCCCUGCUUUCCAACACCAACCCCCCUUGGACAAUCACCGUAGUGUGCCUCAAGACCUGUGCUCUCCCAGUAACCCUACCUCAUCGUGGACUCAUGCCAUAGCAUACACUAUGCCGUAUGCAGGCUCGCUUGAUCGUUACUCUCCAGAGCUGAUUGCUCAAAAUCACAUGAUACCCCCUCGGUUGUCUAGCGGGGGCCAUAGUAAGACUGAUGGCAACUUGAGUCACAAAGCAUUAAAGGAAAACAUUGGCAUUGCGUAGCCAUUUUUAUUUCAAAACUAAGAAGUGGAGAUUUCAAUCUCAAGUAUUGUGAGCUAGCAGCAUUGUCACCAGUUAUCUCCCCUUAUAACAGAAGUCAGUCAUUGUGUUGUUUGCAAGAAGGUCAGAGUUGUCAUCGUUGUUUAUUCAUAUUCAGGAGCAUUGUAGAUAUUCAUUCCAUUUAUAGCAAUAUUUCAGAUUUGCAGUAUUUUAAUUAAUAUGCAUGCAUAUGAAGUAAUCUUGCAUAUUUCUGUGAACACCGGGGGAAUAUAUAUACUUUCCUGUGUCAUUUUUUUGUAUUGGGCAAUUGUCUGUUGUCAUAAUGUUUGAAGGAAUAAUUUUAUGGCCCAAAUUUAAAAGUUAUUUUUCUUUUUUCAUAAUAUGCAUUGCUCAUUUGGGCGCCACAUGUGACAAGAGUGGUGGAACUACCAUUUGUUGAAGUAGCUGAAGAAGUUACACAUACUGUUCAACAUUUGCAAGGGCAACACAUUUAACUAGAGAUGACUUUUUUGGUCCUUAAAAAAAUGAGUUAUAUAAACACUAUUUCAAGUCAACAAUUUUCUAUGCCCUCUUGUCAAAAGUUAAAGAAACAUCCCCGUCAACUUGAUUGAUGUCGUAUUCAGUCCUCAUUCAUUUCUCUCCACAUUUACCAUUGUAGUUGUUGAGUAUGUCAUGUUCACAGGCCGUUUGAUCAAACACCUCUUACAAGGUUGCAGUGAGACUAGGAAGGUAUUGAUGUUAUGGUUGCAACAUGUUAGCAUAGUAAUACAGGGUAUAUGCAGUUCAUGGAUUGUUAAGGAGAUUUUCUCUCAGCAGUAAUUCUGAAGUGAAAGUGAAUGUGUUUUGAGGGCUGGUUGAGGCCUUUCAGUACAUGUUGUAAACACACUGACACCUGUGGUCACACUACGCUUUCCCAAACUGAUAUAGAUCCCUUAGAGUAAACAGCAGAAGGCAUUAACCUCAUGGGCACAGUGCAGAGAAAAUCUUUUCAACAUGAAAUAUGCUGAAUGUGCAAUAUAUGAUUGCAGUUUUGAUGCUAAUGGCACUUUUUUCUGAUUCCCUGUCUCGGUGAUAGCCAGUUGCUACUGUUCAGGAAACACAGUUCCAGUAUCACUGUUGCCAUUGAAUUUGUGUAUGGUUACAUGGUAGGUACCCUUUAUGAGAAGGGAGUUGGAAUAUAGCAUAUUAGUUUGCUACAGAAAUUAUAUGUCGUCAAAGACAGAUGUAAAUCUUGUUCAAUAAGUUGUCUGCAGAGCAGAAAGAUGAGGGUGUUUUAAAGUUUGAACAGUGUAUCUCUAAAAGCUGUGUUCAUAUCUGAGGUUAUCGGAUGCCUAAAUUACCUCCCCUUGUUCCUUUGCCCGCCAGAGGGAAGUGCCAGUCGUAUCUUUACAUGCAGUCGUUCUGGUGAAGUGACUACAAUAGUCGUCGGCAGUGAAUUAAAACAGCACAUUAUUAUCAAUGAAAGAUUACACAGUGUUGGGGAAACUGUUUUUAUUCUCUGUAUUUGUGAAGGAAGGUAUUCAGCUACUGAAGGCUUCAUAAUCAUAUGAUGUGAUAUUUUUGUUUUAUAGUAAAGAAUAUUUAUUACACAAGUUCUUCCUUGGAAAUGAGAUUAGGUGGAGUAAAUAAUUCUAUGAUAUUCUCUAUUGAGUGCCUUGUGAUUUUGAGUUUGAAAAGUUCUAGAAAAGCAGGACUAGUUUAUUGUUAUUAAGUAAAUUCCUAAUAUCCCCACAAAGGGACUGAUGCAUAGUCUGAUAUAAUGCAUAUGCAUUGUGAUGAAUAAUUCAUAAUAAUUCCUGUUGUUAAUGUCAGUUUCAAAUGAACUUGCCUUCAGAGGUCAGUUAGAACAGAAGAGAAACAUUGUGAUAGGUUCCUACAUUUGAGCCUCUGGGCCAUCAUUGGUCAUUCACUAUCUCUACUGACAUAAGAAUAUUGAUAGUCUGAUGGCAAGUUCUGUUGUUAUUUCUUUUCAGGAGUUGACUUUCUUUCAAUAUCUAAAGCAUAUUAUCAGCACAGAAUAAUUGUACUAGAUGUGUAUAGUUUGUUCUGAUGUAGUGAUUAUGCAAGAUAUUAACCCAGUAGUUUAUUUAUGUCUGUGUACCAUAAUAACGUGUGCCGAUGUGAACUUGCUAAUGUAUACCAUGAUAUCCUAACUAUGCAUGUGCCUGUCGCCCUUACAUAUCUAAUAUGUUUUAUGUGUAGAACGUUUAGUCUAGUGCAAUAUGUAUAUCCUUAAGCUUUGACACCGGAACUUAAAACUAAUUGAUAUUUGCAUUUCAUGAGAUUUUCUCAGGUUGGAGUUUGUAUUUAUUAAUAUUAUUUGUUGCAGAAUAGAAGCUUUAGGCGCUAGAUAAUGGUAGAUAUUUAAAAAUAACUUAUCUGAUUAGAUUUCUCAAAUAGGAUAUUGGAAUGAGGUUUUGCACGGUAAGCUGAUAAAAUCUUUUCAUGUGCAGUAUAAAAGCAACAAAUAUACAUGUGGGGUCAUAUGUAGUUACUGAUAGAAAACUCUGAUCUUGGGUAAUGUAAGUUUGAGGACUAAAAACCUGGGAAGCUUCCUGUGCCCUUGUUAUUGGUUAGGGACACUAUAAACAUAUUUUUAUGUAACACUGCACAUAGAUUUCAGUUUUAAAAAUAAUGAUCUUCACCUCUUCUAUGCAUGUGUUUACUGCUGUGGGUAUCAUGUUUAGUCAUCUAUCCUCUAUGACAGGGACGUUUGGUUAGCAUGGUGGGUAAAACGUUCACUUGUCAUGCCAAAGACCUGGGUUCAAAUCUCCACAGAUGGGUAUGAUGUGUGAAGACUUUUUUCUCAUGUCCCCAGUCAUGAUUUUGCAGGAAUAUUGCUAUAAGCUGAGUAAAACCGUGCUAGCUCACAUGUUUAUUAAAGCCUACAGAUUUGUGACAGGUUGUCAGUAUAGUGUGAGAUUUAUCUAAAUGCCAACAUUCAGUGGGUGUUUCAAUGUCCAUGGAGUCAGUUCCCCAUGCUUGAAUUCAAGUCUUCCAACAACUUGUUAGCUGCACAAUAUUUAUUUUACAAAUAUGACAGUUGUAAACCAAGACCAGUAAUAUAUGUGAAUGUAAGUAUUUUAAUAAUCAAAGAAUUACUAGUACUUUUGUAACUCACAUAGAUGAUGGUGUCUGAUGUUGAAAUUAACCACAUUUGAGCUUGUAGUUACUUGCAGCAGAAAUAGCAAGGCCAGUAGCUUGUAGGUGCAUCAUGAGAUGCAAUGUACAAUAAAUCAAAACUUGUGAUAAUACUUUUAUUUACUGAGAUUUUGGGAUAUGCAGGUUUAAUUACUAAUUCAACUUUACACUUACAUUUGUAAAUGCUAUAUAUACACAUUUCCCUUGAUAUUCUCCCAGCUGUAUGGCCCAUCUUAUACAUUUGUUAUGUUCAUGUCAUGUUUGUAUGUUUUUUCAUAAUAUUAUUGAAUCUAAAGGAAUUAUAUUCCAGAACAACUGUACCUUUACACACAAAUACUAUCUGUACUCAUCUGAGAGGGACAAGAAAGAAUUGCUUGCUUCUGGGUAGUGUUUUUUACUCCCAACACAUUAAUGUAUUGCACAGAAAUUUGAAACAAGUCCAGCUUUAGAUAUUUAUCCAAAAUUGACCAUUUUAGCAUUGAAUUAAAUUAAACUUCUCCAAAACAGUAGCUUGUUGAUAACAGGAUCCAGUCAUCUCUUUCAGCCCAGUGUCAUGGACUAACUGUAAACUUGACAAAUUUUCUGAUGAAAUGUUUCAUAUGUGUAUUUAUAUUACCGACAUGAACUUUAGACCAUGGACAAACUUACUGUUUAUAUCAUGUUUACUUUUUCGACAUGUGUAAAACGUAGUUGAUAUGUAUGUAUUGGUGCGUACAGACCAUCAAUACUUCACCAAAUUGUAUACAAGACCGUGAAGUGCUGUUGAUACGGAUUUGAUCUCUAUGGUCAGGCAAAGGACACUGUAUGUGUUAUAAAGUACAUACAUGGUCUAAAAAAAAUAAAAUUGUAAAUAUGUUUCUUUGUCUAAAAUAAUACUUCUGUUUGAAAUUUUCAGGUACUUCCAUUCUCGUUACUGUUGUUGACCGUUUAGGUGUCAUUAUGUUAAUGGUUUCUACAUUCAACAGCUGGAACUCGACACUUAAAUGCCCUAUUUACUUACAAAUGUUAGUCUUUAGUCAACAUGGAAAGUGCUCAUUCAUAUUCAGUGUUAUAUUUCUACAGUCCUUGUUACUUUUAUAUAAUGUAGAUCUGAAGUCGAGCUGUAUCAUUUUGUGUCGUCUCUGUGUUCAUCAGUGUUGAUAUGGAAACAUGGCAUUUCAGUACUUCCACCACUUCUUUUGUCGUCAUGAUUCUCAGUCAUUUUGGAUAAUCCAAGAACUAGUAAAGAAGUCCUGCUUGUUUGUUCCCACCUUUAUUGCCAGAAGAAGCAUAGCUGAAGUAGGUACAGCCAAACCCUGUUUAUCUGGAAACCCUAAGUAUAAGACAUUUGCAUUUGAGAACAUCUUCAUAUGUACAAAUGACAUUAGUCCAUACCUGUAAGUUGUACAUCCAGAAAUGUGUUCAUCUGGAUCAUUUCAAAGGUGACAGUAUUGCCUGGAUUAACAAGGUUUCACUUUACACAAUGCAGAUGGACUGUAGGGGUCAAACUUACUGUGGAUGUUACUACCUGAAUGGAAGUGUUGCCACUUUAUGACGUUCACUGUUUCUUAAAGGGUGUGUAUUUACUUUAUAUCAUAUCUUCAAGUAUUUUGUGCAAGAUUUUCAGAUAAGUUGGUUUUCCAGGCAUAAUCGUUUUUGUUUUUUCCAAGAAAAGUAGUGGAGUGGGCUCCUGACUGACGAUUGGAUGUAAAUCAUGUAAGAUUGCAUUUAUUAUUUGUGUACUCACCUAGAUCACACCUUUGUCAAGCAUUGUGGCUUCCACAGGUGGGUUUGAGGCUGAGAGUUACUCCCCUUGGAAUGUUUUGAUAGUCCUAGUUAUGUAACCCGUGAAGGUUGUGAUGCAAGAUGCAAGUGUCAUAUUGAUACUGAUAGUAGCUGACCACAGGACCAGGCUUCAAUAUGUAUAGGAUAUUCAGGUCCACAUUAAGAAUCCUCAAUGAGAGCAGAGAUGCAUUUUAGUUCAUCCCAAACUGUGGAUACUUGCUUUGUUACAGAAUAUCCUCAGUAAGGGCAUGGGUGAUAUGUAUGCGAUCCCUUGUUGAGGAUACUUAUAUUCUCAAUGAGGACUUGAUGGAAUAUGGAUGGCCCCUCAUUGAGACUGAUUGUAGAGUUGCCCAUUCAUCUGUCUUAAAUUAUGAUGCCAGAUUUUCUGAAAAUAUCCUUAAACUGAAACAUGCUGGUAAAGAAAACGAGUGUGGAAGAAUCAUGUUGGUAUUUUCCGUGAAGUGUGUUGCCUGGCAGUAGCCUCUUCCCUGCAGUUGUAUAUUUAACAUAUCAGGCUGCUGUUGCUAUAUUGUUUCUGUCUACACACUUCAUGAUUUUUCUGCUUCAUACAGGUAGUCAUGUAACAGAUAAGGUGGACAUGGUUACUGUCAAAUACAUCCAUAAAAUUCUUUUUCUCAUUCAUUCUGCCAUCUUUAAAAUAUGAACUCAUGCUCUCCCAAACAGACUGUUUUAUGUGAAAAUAUUCUUUAUGAAAAUCUUAGUUUAUAUUCGGAACAAAUAUUAUCUCAGCACAUGAGGGAACAGCAUCUUUCAGCAGAGCAGUUGCUGUUAGCUGUGCAAGAACUUUUACUUGAAAUUGUACAUUUUCUGAAUAUUUCUGGAACAUUUUUUUAUUGCUGUGCCGUUUCAACUGAUAGUUGCGCAGAUUAUAUGGGUAUGGACCUCCUUAUGUGUACACAGCACAAUGUUUUAGGUCCAAACCCAUGGGCUUGGCCAGUUGCACUGUACCACAAAAAGGUGCUGACAUCCAUACACUAUUUGUUUGACCAACAUGCCUUCCAAGGAUCUUAUAAGAAAAUGUCUUCACCUAUAAUGCCAACGAUGUUACCCUUACUAUUGUUGAUACAUCUAGUUCUACUCAGUUGAUGCUGACCGCAAUGGCCGCCAUUUGUAUGUACAUUAUACUCAUUCCGCAUAUCUGGCUCAAAGCGUCAGUAAGUCAGUCAGUGAGUGUAGGUGGAGACAGUGUCAGCUCUGCUGCUGCUGCCGCGGCCCACUGUAAGUGCUACAGGACUAGCCAGCCGGGAUGUUUGUGUGUUAGCAUUCUGUGUGGCUCUGCAGCCAACAUUGGUUACUGAAAUAGCCAGAUAUCAAAUAUUGUUUAUGAUAUUCCAUAUUGAAAUUGUCCAUUUAUCAUUAUAUAUAGAUAUAUGAAUUUGUAAUAAAGAGUUAUAUUUCGUUAUAAAA